AUGAACUGUACAGAUGCACGGGUUGAAUGCUGUCGCGUCCGUCAGGCGAGGGUUCAUCGGCCUAGAGUCUCUCGGUAUGUAUCCCUGACAAGUUACCAUCUACAGAUGUACCUGACUAUCAACAGUCUCGAGGCGUUGUCCGACCGACUAGCAAAGCUUGAGAAGUCAAAUGAGGGCACUUCGGUUUUCUCAUCGCCUUCCCCGGCUAUCGGAAGCAACGAGACAAAUCAAACUGUGUCGUUAUCUCCACGAACAAAGCCAAUAGAUGCCACUAAACUAUCUUCAAAAAGAAAAGUCCAUUCUGAUCAUGUCACAAAUGAAAUCAGUCCCUCUCGUCCACACGAGACAAAGCGGAAGAUAUUACAGAACAUCGUAACGAAUAUCCACGGCGAGCGACAUUUACCAGGAUCCGCACGACACGCCAGUGAGGCUAGAGAAUAUAUCGAACAUGAACUCCAAUGCAACCCAGCUCUCUCAAAGGACAGGCGAAUGGCACUUGAAAUGGCCCAGAAGUUUGUCAGUCAACUCUCAAAUCCGGGAAUUCAUCGAUAUGAGACCGCUGCUGCCGAGGAGUUAGAGAUUUUGGAUAUAGCGCCUCCUAAUUUUACGCCAGAGUUGCUGUACAUGAUGCUACCAGGUUCCGACAAAAAGACCAGUUCUCAAGGAACCAUUGUGUGGCCAGAUCACAUAUCAGAAAAGACCCUCGAGCGAAUGGGCCUUGCCAUUAUCGAGCGUAGUGAGAGUGAGCAGGUACUGCAACUCUACCGAAUCUCAGUAUGGGUGAAGGCCAUUUCGUUUAUCUCAAAAUUGGCGCCUUUCAUAUCAAGUCAACCAUUAAAAGUACAUUUCAGGACGCUGAAGAAGCAGUAUGAAAUUGCCGCUAUCGAAGAACUUAAUUCAGUCCCUUUGACAGCUUCUCCAAGUCUGACCUUGCUACAAGCAUUAUUGUCUGGUAAACGAUUGAUGCAAUAUUUGGGAAACAUGUCCCGUUGUUGGAUGUUCACAGCCCACGCCUCGAGAGUUAUUGUCGCCUUGAACUACCACAACAUUAACAAUCCCAUACCUCAAAAUGAAGUCGAAGAAGAUAUCCAUGCCUGUGUUUACACAUGCUACUAUUUUGACAAAACUCUCGGCUUGCUUCUUCUUCGACCACCGUCUUUACCAGAGCUGAAAGUCGAGCCAGCGCAGCUGAUUCACUUGGAUCCAGAGAUACCCACAACAGCAAUGAUAGGAGGAAUUGUCGAGUUAGCACGUCUCAAGAACACCCUCUUACAGGUUCUCUUGGAUACGAAAGAAACAAGCGACAAGGAUAAGGCAAGUCUUUUGUCUGAUCUUGUGGUUCGAGCACAGAAAAUUCAUUUCAACCUACAGUUACACCGAAGUCGGCAGGAGAUAGAAUUCUCGGCUUCAUGGCCAAUUCUGCGUCGCGAAUGGCUCUCGAUGGAUUUCAACUACUACUCCAUUCUAACCACGAUAAUUCGGGCACGGUCUUCGGUCCUGAAAUCUCGCUUGGUCUGUGAGGACUGUCUUUACGCAGCUCGAGAGGCACUUAUCACUCUUCGAGCCUUGCAAGAGGCGUUUUCCACUGAUGAGAUAUCGGUAAAUUCCUACCCAUACUUCCUAACCUGGUAUGUUCUUUUUGAUUUUCUUCCUUCGUUCAAGAUCGAGACACUAAACGAAUUCAACUUCAGGACCAUGCUCCUCUUCCCACUUUCUCCAUUCUUUGUUCUAUUCUGCAACGUUGUCGCGACAUCUGACCACCGCGAUUUUGAAAUGAUCAAGGAGAUCACUGGUAACCUGCGCCAGUUUGCCAAAGCAAAUGCCUCCAUUGGCAAGCUUUAUGGUCUUUUUUCUAAAUUUUUAGAUCUUUGCACGCCACUGAUCAAGGAAAGGGAUAUAUGGUCUUCUUCUGAAGAAACCGAGCCUAGUUUUCCAGGUGGUGUCACUGGUGGGAGAGAGCCUGCGCAGCUCAGUCCCUACACUGAGAUGUUUAGCCGGGCUUCUGAUCACGCUCUAAAUACAUUGCCGAAUCCGGGUCCCAGUAGGGCAGUCUCUGACGUCCCCCAAUCAGUGCCUUCCGUGGAAGGGUGGGGUGACAAUCUUAUGUGGGAGUUGUUCGAUAACCAACCAUCACUCGGGUGGGCAGAGUCGGAGUUGUGGGAUACGAUAACACAAUUGAAUACUACGUGA